UCAACCUCUCAUAUCAGUUGGUAUAUAUUCUUCUCCUUCACAUAUCACUCUCAGCAAAAGAAAACAAAAAGAGUUUCUCAGUCUAGUGUAUGUCAUCCCAGAUUCCAAGUAAUUCUGAACUGAAUCUUUGGAAUCAUGGUGUCCAAAUGUCUAACCCUUCAUCUUCAUCAACCUCAAAUCUCCCUUUCAUCUGCACACCUACAAAAAUCAUCAUCAAAUUUAAAACCUCACUUCUCUCAAUUAUGCACAACUAGCAAGUCAAUUACAAGUACCCCACAUCAUCUCGUAUAUCACAAAAAAUGUAGGAAUUUUUCUUCUUUUUCAGUUGUUAUGGCAUCAAAAAACUCUGCCCAGGAAGUUGGAUCUAAUGAAUUCAAAGAAUUUGAUCCAGAUUCAGAUCUUAUCAACAAUGAUCUUAAACCAACAACACAAGAUCAAAGAACAUUCUCUGGCUGGGAAAUGGCUAGUCUUUGGAUAGGACUAGUAGUAGGUGUUCCUGCUUAUUACUUAGCGGGAAGUUUAGUUGACCUUGGAAUGUCAUGGUGGCAAGGAAUAGCAACUGUGGUGGCAGCCAAUAUCAUUCUGUUAGUCCCUUUAGUUCUUACGGGCGAUCCGGGUACUCGUUACGGUAUUUCAUUUCCCGUACUUGCUAGAUCGGCGUUCGGAAUCCAUGGUGCUCAUAUACCGACUCUUCUUCGAGCUUUGGUUGGUUGCGGUUGGUAUGGUAUUGAAACCUGGAUUGGCGGUGAAGCAAUUUUCCUUCUGUUGCCGGAAUCAAUCAAGUUAUCUGCAUACGCGAAAUCUUUACCAUGGCUCAGUACUUCUCCACUUGAAUUCUCUUGUUUUAUUGUGUUCUGGUUAGCUCAGUUAGGAAUUGUUUGGAGAGGAAUGGAUGGAAUUCGACAACUUGAAAAAUAUUCAGCUCCAAUUUUGAUAGUGUUAACUUCUGCGUUACUUGUUUGGGCAUAUAUCAAUGCAGGUAGUUUUAGCCAUAUGUUUUCAUUAUCUUCAAGUUUAUCCAGUUCUCAGUUUUGGGCUCUUUUUUUUCCUUCUCUGACUGCAAAUAUAAGUUUUUGGGCUCCUCUGGCACUAAAUAUACCGGAUUUCACCCGGUAUGCAAAAUCACAGACCGAUCAAAUUCUCGGUCAGGCAGGACUUCCGAUUUUCAUGGGAGCAUUCACUUUUGUUGGCCUUGCGGUCACCUGUUCUACUAGUGUAAUAUUUGGUCAUGUAAUCUCCAAUCCAAUUGAACUUCUAGGGAGAAUCGGAGGUGUUGUUACUAUGAUUCUGGCUAUUGUUGGUAUCAGUCUUGCUACUAUUACCACCAAUAUCGCUGCCAAUGUUGUCGCACCUGCAAAUGUUUUAGUCAAUCUAAGUCCCUCCAUUUUCACAUUCAGAAGAGGAGCGCUCUUAACCGCACUUCUUGGCAUUGUUUGUCAGCCAUGGAGACUUCUUAAAUCGAGUGAGAGUUUCGUGUACACUUGGCUCGUUGGAUAUUCAGCUUUAUUAGGUCCGAUUGGAGGGAUUAUACUGGCCGAUUACUACAUUCUUCGUCGUACCAAAUUAAACAUCAAUGCUUUGUAUUCGGCUAAUCCUGUAGGUACUUAUUACUACACUGGUGGAUACAAUUUAGCAGCAAUAGCUGCACUAACCGUCGGUAUUUUGCCUGUGAUACCUGGAUUCUUGCAUAAGGUUGAAGUUAUACAUUCGGUACCCAAAGCAUUUAUGGUCAUUUACAAUAAUGCCUGGUUCAUUAGUUUCUUCUCUGCUGGAUUUGUUUAUUGGGUUCUGUCGUGUCUCAAAGGAACCCAAAAGAACUCUUCAAGUGCCGAUCCACUACUGUCUUCUUGAUUCGUUGUAAUUUAUGGAGAUGUAUGGUUUCUUUUAUAUAAAGAAUCCGAGAUGAUUUCAGACUUCAAAUGUAAAUCUAAAAGCAUGUUUGCGUUUUAUGCAUAGCAACUAAAUUACAGAAAGAUUUGAAUUGC